AUGGCCGGGCCUGAAUCAGCGACAACAAGCAAUAGCGACCGUCAUGAGGAUCGGCGCAGAGAUGAGCGGCAUGAGUCGCGGCACCACCGCGCGAGGGACAGGCGGGAUGAGGCAGAAGACGACGAGGCUCGUCACAGCAGGAGGAAAAGAGAGCGAGAUGACCGCCGCAAUGGCGAGGAUCAAGACGAUGAGAGACGGCAUGCUGAGAGAAGGAGGCACAGGGAGGAUGACGAGGGUCGUAAGCGCUCGAGAAAGGCAGAAGAUGAUGAUCGAGAACGACGACGCGAGCGAGAUGAUCGUCCUCACUCGUCAUCCUCGCGGCAUCACUCCAGCAGGAAGCAUCGCCGGCAUCGCUCCCCUUCUUCCUCGCCCGGUUCCGCCUCUGACUCUGGCUCUGACGACGAAAACGACGCUUCUGGUUCAAGCGAGCCACCGCCACUCCACCCCCGUCUCGCCUCCUCCGGGCUACAACCGCUGACGAAAGAGGACUACUACGCCCAAUCCGCUCCCUUCCGGCACUGGCUUCUCACCUCUCGCAAGCCCAAGCGUCUCAACGACCUCUCCUCUCGCGAGUCGCAUUCACUCUUCCGCAAGUUCAUAGACAAGUACAAUCGAGGGCGACUUCCAGACCUCUACUAUACCGAGGGUGGAAUCACCUCUAAUUCCCUCGCAACGACCUCUGCAGGGCAGACGGGGUACAAGUGGGGCUUCGUGGAGAAGCGCAGCAGGAGGGACCAGGAGGAGGUGGAGUUGCUGAGGGAUGGGGUGGACUCGCUCACCAAUGGGAUGAGUAAAGGGGCAAAGGAGAGGAGGGAGAGGGAGAUGAAGUCGCGCUCGUCCCGAGGACGUGGGGCCGCUGAGGAAGGAGACGGCGAGGAGAUCGGACCGAUUAUGCCUCCCGCUGCAGGACCCAGUAGUGGAACCACACCUCUCGGCAGGAGCGCUCAUCCUACAGACGCCAGGCUAGCAGCAGAAGAAGCGGCCGAGCACGCACGCCGACAAGCCCAAUCGCAGCGGCGCGGCGAGCGUCGCGACGCCAAAGACCUACGCGAGGAGGCCAACCCGAGGGCCACGGGGCGCGAUGCCGUCAUCGAGAAGCGCAGGGAGACCAAUCGGGCUAAUCGAGACUUUGAGGCGGCUAGAGGUGCAGGGGAUAUUGAGCUACCAGAGGAACAGCUCAUGGGUGGGGGUGCGAGCUUUCAAGAAGCGCUCGCGGCACAAAGUCGAGCCCGUCUCGGUCCUGCAAGGUCUAAAGCGCAAGAGGCUCGCGAGGCAAAGCGUUUCGAGAAGGAGCAGGAGAUGGAGAGCAAACGACAGGCCUUUAAGGCAAAGGAGGAUGGGACGAUGGCUAUGCUCAAGGAGCUGGCGAAGAGUCGCUUUGGGUCAUGA